AUGGAUCCAUAUAUUGAUGGCCUGCUGGAGAGCCUGGAGGGAAGGUUCCAGAACCUGGACCUUUUCGGGGCCUUCCAUGUGCUCAGCCCUCAGGACAUGGAUCAGAAGCACCUGAUGCAGGGCCUGGCGUCAGAGGUGGGUGAAUGGGGGCAGCUCUACCCAUCACUGAGCAAGCUGGCAGCCAUUGGCCUGACCAUCAAAGUUUCCAGCGUAGAGCAUCAGUUCACCAACCGAUCUCUGAAGGACCUGAAAGACCAACACAGCCAUUAUGAUGGGCAAGCAAUAUUUUGGUUUCAGAUCACUUUCUACGAGGAGAAGAACUUCCAGGGUCGCUCCUAUGAGUGCAUGAGCGACUGCUCCGACAUGUCCUCCUACAUGAGCAGGUGCCAGUCCUGCAGGGUGGAGAGCGGCUGCUUCAUGGUCUAUGAGAGGAACAACUACAUGGGCCAGCAGUUCUUCAUGAGGAGGGGAGACUACAACGACAUGCACCGCAUGCAGAGCAUGGGAAUGAUGUUUGACAACAUCAGGUCCUGCAGAAUGAUCCCCUUUCACAGAGGCCAGUUCAGGAUGAAGAUCUACGAGAGGGAGAACUUCGGUGGUCAGUCCAAUGAGAUGAUGGACGACUGUGACAACAUCCAGGAGCGUUACCGCAUGUCUGACUGCCAGUCCUGCAACGUGAUGGACGGACACUGGCUGAUGUACGAGCAGCCCCACUACAAGGGCAGGAUGAUGUACAUGAGGCCCGGAGAGUACAGGAGCUUCAGGGAUAUGGGCAUGAGCGGCCAGAGGUUCAUGAGCAUGAGGCGUAUCACUGACAUGUGUUAG